AUGACUAAAAAAGGUUUAUCACCAGCAUCAUCGUCAGCUGCGUUAAAUUCAUCAGCCGUAAAUGAAAAUGGAUCACCUACUAAAGAACCAUCAGCCACAGCACAGGGCCGAUUUGUUUGCAGUAUGUGUGCAAAAGUAUAUCGAUCAGGAGCUGGUCUUCGAUAUCAUAAACGAAAAAGACAUCGUGGCAUGGUUGAACCAACCGCACUACAUCGUGUCAAAUGUCAAGAAAUGGGAUGUACAUAUCAAAUGUUAGCUAUUAGUGAUCUAAGAAAUCACUUAUCAAAUCAUCAUCAAAAACCUGAAUAUAAAUGUACAGAAGAGAAAAGGUUCACAUCCUUGUCAGAUUUCACUGAAUGGAAAUCAUCGUUUGAACAACGUACCGGUUCAAAAUAUGUCAAAAAUUGUGGUGCCAAAGGUAAAUCAGAUAAUCAAACAACUGAAUAUUAUUAUUGUAAUCGUACGGGCCCCUAUAAAUCGGUUGGCCAAGGUUUACGUCGUUCAAAAGCACAAGGUUCACUUCGGUGUGGUAUUCAUUGUACAUCGUCAAUGAAAGUUGAAAUUCAAAAUGAUGAAAAUAUUACCGUACAAUAUUAUCCAACACAUUAUGGACACACUCAUUUACCAGCGACAGAAGAACCAUCAGAUCAAGAAUUCUUGAGAAUGCAACAUGAUCAACAAAAUGCUACUGCUAGUGUAAUAACCAAUAUAGCUCCUCAUCAUGUUGAUGAUUCCACCACACAAAACUUACUUCAACAAUUUCCAUGUAAUUCAUCGAGUAGUUCUCCAUCUGCAUCAAGUAGUUCUACUUCAUCUACAAAUUCCACUAAUGUUCAAAUCUUGAUACCAAACCAAGAUGGUGGUCAAACGUCAGGCAAUGGUGGUACCACUUUGACAUCCAUGAAUAAUCAAUUGUCACAUUGUAUUAUUAUUUCACCAUCUUAUAUGGAACAACAUGAUCAAACUAUUCAGGUUCAAUCUGAACCACAAUAUUCCACUAAUCAACAUGUCCAUCAUGUACAUCAAACUCUUCUAUUACCACCACCUGUACCCCAACAAUUUCCUGUUCUUAUUCAUCCUGCACCUGUUUAUUCACCGGAUGUUCUUGUAAAAAAACCUGUUUCACAAGAUCCAAAUUCAAAAUCUGUUUCAGAAAUAAUGCGUGAAACAUUUCAAUUAUUAUCCUAUUGGCCAUUAGAUUCAACGAUUCUUGUUGGUAGUCAAACAGAACAUGUACAUCCAUCACAACAUUUGAAUAUGGAGGAACAUUUAAUGUUUUAA